UUUCUGAAGCGGAAGUCUCACCGGAAGUGGAGCUGGUGGCGCUCGGACUCCCGCCCCAGCAGCCUGUGCCAUCUUGUGUUUAGCAGGAACAAAAAGGGCAGGAGAAUCGGGUCCAGAUGGAGGAUGGGCUGCGGCUUCUAGGGCCCCUGUAGGAGCGUGUUUUAGCGGCUCAGCAUGACGGGAAGCGCUCCUCUGCAGGGAAACAUCCGCCACACCCCGCCGAGCAGCUAAUGCUACGUUAGCCUGGAAGCUAGCGAGGCUAAGCUAGUCGCCGAUGAGCGGCGCAGACCGUUAGAGACCCGCUAACCGUCCCCGCGUCGCCUGGAGCCCGGUGCCGGACAGCAGCGCCCCGCUAAGACCUAGAAGGGCCCGGAUGGACAUGAGCCCGCGGUUCUGCUGAGGGAAACCCGGGAUGUGAAGACCGCGGCUCGCUGCUAGCUCUCUCGCUAACCGUUAAUUUUUCGGUCUAGAGAGGAACCACAAUAAGCUGCGGCCCUGGCCAUGCCCUCGAAUGCACGGGCGGGCAAUCUGAAGGACCCGGACGUGGCGGACCUGUUCUGCAAGGAUGACCCAGAGAAGCUGUUCUCGGACCUGCGCGAGAUCGGCCAUGGCAGCUUUGGAGCCGUGUACUUUGCCCGAGACGUGCGCAACAAUGAAGUGGUGGCCAUCAAGAAGAUGUCGUACAGCGGCAAGCAGACCAACGAGAAAUGGCAGGACAUCAUCAAGGAAGUGAAGUUCCUGCAGAAACUGCGCCACGCCAACACCAUCGAGUACCUGGGCUGUUACCUGAAGGAACACACGGCAUGGCUGGUGAUGGAGUACUGCCUGGGCUCGGCCUCGGACCUCCUGGAAGUUCACAAGAAGCCCCUCCAGGAGAUGGAGAUCGCUGCUAUUACCCAUGGUGCCCUGCAGGGCCUCGCAUAUCUGCACUCUCACAACAUGAUCCACAGAGACGUGAAAGCCGGGAACAUCCUGCUGACGGAGCCCGGUCAGGUCAAACUGGGAGACUUCGGCUCGGCCUCCAUCGUGUCUCCAGCCAACUCCUUCGUAGGAACGCCGUACUGGAUGGCUCCGGAAGUGAUUCUAGCCAUGGACGAGGGUCAGUACGAUGGAAAGGUGGACGUCUGGUCGCUGGGAAUCACCUGCAUCGAGCUGGCCGAGAGGAAGCCGCCGCUCUUCAACAUGAACGCCAUGAGUGCCUUAUAUCAGAUCGCCCAGAACGAAAGCCCCAUCCUGCAGUCCAACCACUGGUCCGACUCCUUCCGCAGCUUCGUGGACUCGUGUCUGCAGAAGAUCCCCCAGGACCGGCCGACCUCCGACGUCCUGCUGAACCAUCGCUUCCUGUGCCGCGAGCGUCCUCUGACGGUCAUCAUGGACCUGAUUGCCCGCACCAAGGAUGCCGUAAGGGAGCUGGACAACCUGCAGUACCGCAAGAUGAAGAAGAUCCUGUUCCAGGAAACCCAGCAGAACGGGCCCGUGCCUGAGGGCGGGGAGGAGGAAGAGGAGGCGGAGCAGUACCUGCUGCAGACCGGUACCGUCAACAGCAUGGAGAGCUCCCAGUCGGUACCGAGCAUGUCCAUCUCGGCCAGCUCCCAGAGCAGCUCGGUCAACAGCCUGGCCGACGGUUCUGACGACAGCGGCGGCGAGAUGGCCAUCAUGCAGGAGGGCGAGAACACCGUCACGUCCAACAGCUCCAUCAUCCACCGGCCCACGGGUCAGGACAACAUCUACGACGACCCGUAUCAGCCGGAGAUGGACCCGCCUCAGGCGCCCUCGGCCGGGCGGCGCCGCGCCUUCUACCGGAACCGGGACCACUUUGCCACCAUCCGGACCGCCUCUCUGGUGACCCGUCAGAUCCAGGAACACGAGCAGGGCUCGGCGCUGCGGGACCAGAUGUCGGGCUACAAGCGCAUGAGGCAGCUGCACCAGAAGCAGCUGAUGGGCCUGGAGAACAAGCUGCGGGCCGAGAUGGACGAGCACCAGCUGAAGCUGGACAAGGAGCUGGAGAACCAGAGGACCAGCUUCUCCACCGAGCUGGACAAGCUGUCCCGCAAGAACCAGGCCAUCCUGGACAAAGAGAUCAAAGCGGCGCUGGCCGAGGAGAAGAAGUUCCAGCAGCAGAUCCUGGGCCAGCAGAAGAAGGAGCUCAGCUGCCUGCUGGACUCCCAGAAGCGUCAGUACCGCCACCGCAAGGAGCUGCUGAAGGAGGAACUCAGCGAGAACCAGUCGACCCCUAAGAGGGAGAAGCAGGAGUGGCUGAUCCACCAGAAGGAGGUGAUGCAGCAGGUGAUGGCCGAGGAGGAAGCCAGCCUGCUGCGCCGCCAGCGCCAGUACUACGACCUGCAGUGCCGCCAGUACAAGAGGAAGAUGCUGCUGGCCCGCCACAACCUGGAGCAGGACCUGCUGCGCGAGGAGCUGAACAAGAAGCAGAUCCAGAAGGACCUGGAGUGCGCCAUGCUGCUCCGCCACCACGAGUCCACCCAGGAGCUGGAGUUCCGGCAGCUCAGCACGGUCCAGAGAACCCGGGCCGAGCUGAUCCGGACCCAGCACCAGACCGAGCUCACCAACCAGAUGGAGUACAACAAGCGCCGCGAGGAGGAGCUGCGGCAGAAGCACACCGUGGAGGUCCGGCAGCAGCCCAAGAGCCUCAAGUCCAAGGAGGUGCAGAUAAAGAGGCAGUUCCAGGAGACCUGCAAGAUCCAGACCCGGCAGUACAAAGCGCUGCGGAACCACCUGCUGGAGACCACGCCCAAGUCGGAGCACAAGGUGGUUCUGAAGCGGCUCAAAGACGAGCAGACCCGCAAGCUGGCCAUCCUGGCCGAGCAGUACGACCACUCCGUCAACGACAUGCUGUCCACGCAGGCCGUCAGCAAGCUCCGGCUGGACGAGACGCAGGAGGCGGAGUACCAGGGUCUGCGGCUGCAGCUGCAGCAGGAGCUGGAGCUGCUCAACGCCUACCAGAGCAAGAUCAAGAUCCACACGGACGGGCAGCACGAGCGCGAGGCCAAGGAGCUGGAGCAGCGCGUGUCCAUCCGCCGGGCGCUGCUGGAGCAGAGGAUCGAGGAGGAGAUGAUCUCGCUGCAGAACGAGCGAUCGGAGCGCAUCCGCACGCUGCUGGAGCGCCAGGCCCACGAGAUCGAGGCCUUCGACUCGGAGAGCAUGCGGCUGGGCUUCAGCAACAUGGCGCUGACCGGCAUCUCGGCCGAGGCCUUCAGCCAGGGCUACCCGCCCCCCGGCCCCCCCUCGGGCUCCGGCGGCUGGCCCUCCCGCCCCGUGCCGCGCUCCGGGGGCCACUGGAGCCACAGCGUGCAGAACUCGCUGGCCGCCCCGUCCUGGCGCAGCCAGAACCACGCCGCCAGCUUCAGCCGGGCCGAGUCCGUGGCGUCCGCCCACGGCGAGAUGAGUAAGAGCGGCCGGGGCCACGCCUCCUCCUCCUCCUCCUCCUCCUCGCACCACCCCCACCCCCACCCCCACCAUCACCACCACCAGCAGCAGCAGCACUACCAGCACCACCAGAGCACGCCGCAGCUCUACCGUGACGAGCGAGACGGCAGGGAGAGGGAGCGGGCCCGGGAGUGGCCAGCAGGGGGCGCCGCGGGCCCCACCCACUACUCCCAUCAUCCCCGGGGCCUCCAGCAGCUCUCCUACCACGCCUCCUCCCAGUCCCUGGCGGUCCUGCCCCCGGCACCGCCGCCCCCCAUCUCCUUCUCCUGCUCCUCUCCUGCCUCUUCGGCCUCCUCCUCCUCGUCCUCGCAAGGCGGGUACGGAGGCGGGGGCCUCAGCGUCAGGGGCCCCGGCAUGGCCCUCAGGAACAGCCCCCAGCCUCUGAGGAGGACGGCCUCCGGGGGCCCGGGUGGGGGCGGCGGGAGCGACGGCGGGCUCAGCAGGAGCACCUCGGUCACCUCCCACAUCUCCAACGGCUCCAACCUCUCCUUCUCCUGAAAGCCCCGUUGUCCUCCGUCCGCUGGUCCAGCUUCGUCCUGCUUCUCCCCCCGAGGGCCCCCGACCGCUCUGAGGGACCCUGAGGGACACCAUGGAGCUUCUAGCAGCUCUGAGGGACCCUGAGGGACACCAUGGAGCUUCUAGCAGCUCUGAGGGAUCCUGAGGGACACCAUGGAGCUUCUAGAUGCUCUGAGGGAUCCUGAGGGACACCAUGGAGCUUCUAGAAGCUCUGAGGGACCCUGAGGGACACCAUGGAGCUUCUAGCAGCUCUGAGGGACCCUGAGGGACACCAUGGAGCUUCUAGAUGCCCUGAGGGACACCAUGAAACUUCUAGAUGC